CCAUCAAACCCUUGGAGCGAGAGAUUCUGUAGUGACAGCUCUUUAAUUCAAGCACCACUGCUUUGUCAGGUAAAAGGCUGCACUGUGGAUGACAGUGCCAUUCAGCUUAGCAGGAGGCAGCAUCCCUGCUCCCAGGGCCCUGGGGAGCGCUGUCCUCCAGGCAGCCAGUUUGCCACCCACGAGCAGUUAGGCUCUGGCUUGCAGGAGCUGUAGGCUGUCAGCUCCAGGUGCUGCUGGAGCGGGGUCUGGCUCUGCACUCGGCAGUGGGUGCGCAGCUCUGGCUGCUGCAGCGCCGUGUGCGGUUGAGUCUCCUCUCUCCCACGCUGCGGAGCUCGCCUCUCCAGACGCUGGGAGGGAAGCAGAGACGUUGGGGGAAGAGCUGUGGAGGUGGGACAGAUUCAGCUAUGAUUGGUGUGGCACCAGUGGGGUUUCUUUGCACCACUAAGCAAUAGCUAUCAAAAUUGAAUGCAGUAUGAUGAAGAGCUGAGCAAGGGAGCAGACACUGAAAGGAGCCUGCGAAGAAAAGGGAUCUAGGAGGAAAAAACCCUCUUUCAGCUGCACAUAGGCAGUGCCCAUCACAGAGAGCUGUGGCAGGGAGUAGGAAUUGCCUGUGUAUGGUGGUUGAUCUGCACAUUCCCUGGGAUGCUUGGAAAAAGGAUUAAGGAGGAGAGAAUCGCAGGAGAAGGAGGAGGUGGAGUUUUCCCUUUGCAAACUCACAGGCUAAUAGAAACAAUCCUCUAAGUUGUCAGUGUGUCAGGAUACAUUAAUAUCCCAGAGACGGCAGGAUCAUUCUGAGAUGAGCCACCUGUAACUUGGGCCGGCCUCGUUGCCAGGGCUCCCUGCCCCACGAGGAUGAGGAGCCGUCUGCCAGCCUAACAGAAAGAUUUUGCGUCGGCGGUUGUUUUAUUUUUCCCAGAUGUCGUGAAAUUUCAUGUGACAGCGGAGUCGCUUCCUGCACCUUCCUUGUGCCACCUCCCAGCCAAGGGCUCGGUGGGGCAGGGCCACCGCCAUGGCGGCGAAGCAGCCCCCGCCGCUGAUGAAGAAGCACAGCCAGACAGACCUGGUGAGCAGGCUGAAGACACGCAAGAUCCUGGGCGUCGGCGGGGAGGAUGAUGAUGGUGAGGUCCAUCGCUCAAAGAUUAGCCAAGUACUGGGAAAUGAAAUCAAGUUUGCAGUCCGGGAACCACUAGGACUCAGGGUCUGGCAGCUUGUUUCCGCCGUCAUGUUUUCCGGGGUCGCUGUCAUGGCCCUUGCUUUCCCUGACCAGCUCUUUGAUGCCAUCUUUGAGGAGGAAUCGGUGAGCAGCAAGACUCCCAUCCGGCUCUAUGGAGGAGCCCUCCUCAGCAUCGCGCUCAUCAUGUGGAACGCCCUGUACACCGCCGAGAAGGCCAUCAUCCGCUGGAGCCUGCUGGCCGAGGCCUGCUACUUCGCCGUGCAGUUCCUGGUUACCACUGUCUCCCUGGCUGAGAGCAGCCGGAUAGCCACAGGUGCCGUGCUUCUCAUGGUCAGCCGAGCCCUCUUCAUCCUCAUCAGCAUUUAUUAUUAUUACCAAGUUGGACGUCGUCCCAAGAAAGUCUAAUUCCUGGGCUUUUUUGUUAUGGGAAAGGUGGGAGGGGGGAGUUUGUGUCGGUAAUUUGGCAUUAUAAUUAUACAUUUUAAUUUUUUUUUUUGUUAGUCCCUUUUGGUUCUAGUUUCCUUCUUUACCGGCAUGAAUCAGUGUGAAACCCAGUGCUGGUGGCAUUGCCAGGUGAAAUGGGGGGAGCAACAUCAGUGGGACCCCCCCAGCCCCUCUGCAGGAGGUGAGGAACAGUGGGGAGGAAGGCUCAGGGACGUGUGUGGGCCUGGCAGGCUCAGGGAAAAAAGCCAGUUUUCUAGGGGGAACUGGCUGAUGGGAUCACAGGCUCUGAACCCACUGGAACAAAGCACAAAAUAAGGCCAGCAUACUGAAACCAAAUCCCUGAGGAGACAGGGCAGUAAGACAACCAACAAAGGAUCUGGCUACUCUAUUUGGUAAGCCUUGCACCUCCCCUGGUUUACAGCCCUUUCCCCUUUUAGCAAGUACUGACUACCCAGGUAGCCAAAGCUGGAUGGAGUCAAGUUCAGUGCUUUGCAAAUAGCUCUUCUUUCCUCUCUGCCAGAGAUGCAUUUUUGUGUAGUUCAUAGUUUUGCACCAGAUGCUGUGUAGGGCUUGGCAAGAGAUACAACAAAAGAAGAGGGAGGACCCUGGUUGUUCCCUCUGCAGGGACAUCACUGGGAACAGUGGAGCAACUUGAAUUACAAGAUGUGGGAAGUGGGAAGCUACUGGAAAUAGCCCAUUGAGCACAAAGACAUCCCCUUGUUUGGGGUGUUUCAUGAAGUUUCUAGGCUGGGGUCCUGUCCCCUUCACCCCAGAACACUUCCUACAGUUGAAGCUUUACUGAUGGUAGUAGCAGUGGUGGGUGUGCAGGUGCUUUAGUUGAGCAGGAGCUGGAGCGCUGUUGUGGUUAGCACUGGUAAGAGCAGAGGACUGUAACAGUAAGAGCAUCUGCACAGAUGCUUGGGUCAGUGAAUUGUCUCUAGAUCUGGGCUCUGGCUGUGGGAGAUGAUGUUCCAACUUUGCUAGUAUCUGCAUCACAUCUCUUCUGACCUUGAGAAGAGAGGACCAAAGUUUGUAGCAUUAAGAUAUUUAAUAUGUAAAUGGGAUGAAGAACAGCAAAGAGCGGAGCGUAUGAUGGCAAGGACAGACUAAAUGUGCUUUAGUACUCGCUAGCCAAUUUCUCCAGCAUCUCCUGGGCUUAACAGCAUUGCCUGCUCUGCUUCCUCGUGCUUUUCUUGUGGAUUAUCCCUGUCCACAGCUUGAGGCAGCAUUUUUUAUUCUCCAUGGGACUAAAGCCAGAAGGUCUGUGUACAGGAUAUAGAUUUGUUACUCAUGCACUACUGUUGACUGGAUCAAAGCACAUCCUGGAAUAUAGCUGAUGUUCCAAAAUCCCAGUAGAAAGAUUCCUACACAAACAGAACUGCUUGUGUGAACAACAGUCCUCAAGCCACUGGUAAGACUGGGAUCUACAGCUAUUGCUGUUUAAUAUCUUAGUAGAGUUAGAAGAAGGUAGUGGGUAGUUAUUGUAUGUUGUGUUAGUGCUUUUGGCAUUUAGAAGCAGCUGCAUAAGCUUGGGAAACUGUGUGCAUUGUACUUACUGGCCAUGCAAAAUGUCUGUCACGUAACAAUAUUGGAAAUUGUUAAAUCAGGAAACAUCACAACUGUAACUUAGUUUUUUGCCUAAUAAGUAAAUCAAAUGGAGAGGCAACAUCCAACAGUAGGCUAAAUUCUGGAGCCUCAUGACAAUACGCGCUUGUCAAGCUGCUUUCAGCAUGUCCAAAAAUGAUACUGAGCAACUAAAACUUUUAAUUAGGAGGAGAUUUCCUGUUCAGAUAGAAGAAUUGGGGUCUAAGAGGCAAACCUUUCCCUGUGAGGCAGGUAAUGAUCAAAUGCAGACUGGAGAGGAUCAGAAAUUAGACAAAGUGGUGCAGCAUGCUGGAGCCAGAGCAUGGCAUGCUGUGGCUGUUGCUCUCCCCCUGUGCAUCACCUGCAUGGGCAGCUGCAAUGGCCUCAGUGUGGCACUUUGGCUGUAGUUGUGGGUAUAGGUAUGUGAGACUUGAUUCUUUAUGUUUUGGGAUGUCACAUGAAUGUAUACACAGAUUGAUGGUUGGUUUUUGGGGGUGGGUUGGGAAUUAUGUUUCUAGGACAGACAAGUAAAACCUACCACAGCAAAAGCAACCUUACAGAAGAAGGACAUGGAGGGUCUUCUUCAUGCUGCCUCCCAUCUGUUGGCCACAGGUCCUAUGAACUUAGUUAUGACUCGGGGCUAAUUAACAUACCUUAAAAUGUCAUCCCAUAGGUGAGAGAAGUGAGUUAACUGCACUAUGUGAGAGCAGUACUCCAAAGGCGUCUUGAUGGUUAGAUCAGGUAGGACUGUGGGGGAAGCAGUUACAUCUCUCCAGGUUAGCUUUAAAUAAGAAAUUAGAUUUCUCUGGUCCCCUGAUAAGCAGCUGCUUCUGCAAAACUUGAAACAGCCACUCUAGGUUUGCUGGUCAAUGGCUUUUUCUGCUCCAAAAUAGAGCAAAGCCUGGGGGAGUGGUCACUUAAAAGAUUUCAUGCUACUUGGUACCUAGUCCUGAAAGUGGAGACACGAAGUUGGAUUAUUUUGAUGCUUCUUGCUCCAUCUUGCUGUAAGUGGACCAUGUAGAAAAUACAGAGCUCUACACCUCCUCUAACUAAGCUGUGGUUCCUGGCAUGUCCCUUUCUCAGCAGCAGGAGAAACAUUGUCAGGCUCACUGGAGGCGGUGAAUGCAUAGCAGGUGAGGCCUAGGAGGGAGUUGCUCAGGGUGUCUUGAGCAGCCCAGGUAGAGAAGCUGCAGCACUGCCAGAAACCAGCUGCACCUGGUUGUCUUCACUCUGCUGUGAAUGGGGAGAAAGGGAGGAGUAUGCCAAACCUGCACAGAACUGUGUCCCCAAGGAUGGAAGUGCUGACAUCACAGCUGCAGGUGGCAGUUGAGAACAUAAUUUGGGAUCAAAAAACCCUGAGGUGUCACUUCAGGCUCAUCUGCUGACAAAAAAACUCCAUCUCCACUGGCCUCAGCUUUCUUAUCUGUUAUGUUGUGAGAGAGGCCUUGGACUGAUGUCAUCUCCUGAGGGAGACUGAAGGGAACUUCCUGCAUUUGUACAAUGCUGUGCAGGACUGGGGGUCUGUUCCCCAAAGAAUUGUGCUCCAAGCAGGCACAGGCCAGGACUUAAAGCUGACCCCCUUUUCUCUGCCAGGGAUGGACCCAAAACAUUGCAUUCAGAGAGCCCUCACUUUGGAGGGUGAGAAAAACUCAUCAAUUCACAUAACUCCCUACAUCUUCUUAUUUGCAUCUAACCAAUAUCUGGCAAACUGGAGCUGGUGAUAUAGGAGAGGCUCUGUCUGUCCUAAGCUGGCCUCUUUUCUGGUCAAGUGUUUUUACUUGGGAGGGUGUGGGUGGGGGGUGGUGGUGCAGGGGAGAAUGGGACACUUCAAUUUAUACCUCAUUUUAGCUGCUGUACCUGAGUUUAUUUCUCCUCUGAUAAGAAAGUGACUGUACUUAACACCAAGCAAAUAGUGAAAAUUAAAGCUGUUUCACUUCACUGUCA